CUGUUGUUGACUCGAGACUACUUACUAAUAGCCCGGCGACUUCAAUAGCUUAAUCAAUCACAGGAUAGACAUGGCGAGGAAAACCAUUCGUCUCCAAGUGAUAGCAGUUCAUCUCGUCAUCAUCAUUAUCAUCUUCCUGUUUCCACAAAAGGGUUCAGCAGAAUCUAUGGUCAAGUCUGGUUGCCAAGACACAUGUGGGAACAUCACUAUUCCUUACCCAUUUGGCAUCGGUAGUCGCUGUUAUCUCGACCCACGGUUUGAGAUCACUUGUGAUGUGUCCCGCAAUCCCCAUUAUCCUCUUCUACUUAAUGAUAUCGUGGUUUCCUAUAUUUCCCUGGACUACGUCCUCAUCAAUCAUAGCAUUUCCAGAUUUUGUUAUACUAAUAAUACCGACAAAAGUCUUAGUAUGAAUUCGUCAGUCUUCCCUUUCAGCUUUUCCCACACUCAGAAUAAGUUUGUGGCCAUAGGUUCUGGCGUAUUUGCUUUUAUCACCCAAUCUCCAAGUAAAAACUACUCAACUGGAUGUGCCUCACUUGAGGGCGAAACUCUCAGAUACUGCAGUCCUAAGAGCGGAUGCUCUGGUCCUGGGUCUGGCAAAAAUUUUCCUCUCUCCAGUACAGAAUAUUCUGGUAUAGCACAGGACAGUUUACCUGCCAAAGGAUAUCCUGGUAAUCCUAAUAAUCCUUAUCAAGAUAAUCUGCCUUAUCGUCGUGGACCUUACACUGAGAUCAUAUCUGAGUCGUCAUCGAUAUGCUAUGGCAUUUAUUGCUGUGAGACUGCUUUUCCUAAGGACCUUACCUCGUUUAAUAUGCAGCUCAAUACUAUGCAAACUACGGGAUUCAAAAGUGAGACAGAGGACAUAUGUGGCUAUGCAUUCAUUGCCCAAACCAACUUUCCUGUUUCCUACACAAUUUCAUCCUCCCGUAAAAUUGUCCCAGUCUCGGAGGUCGUCCCAGCUGUGCUUGAAUGGACAGUAGGAAAUAUCUCUUGCCAUGAAGCAAAGGGACGAGAAGACUAUGCAUGUGGCUACAAUAGUUCUUGCGUCGACUCAACCCAAGGCUCGGGAUAUAAGUGUAAAUGCCUCAUAGGCUACAGGGGGAAUCCCUACCUCCCAACUGGCUGCGAAGAUGUUGAUGAGUGCAAAGAGCCCAAGAACAACAUUUGCCACGAGAUUGCCCGUUGCGUUAACAUUCCUGGCAAUUACUCGUGCAUUUGCCCAGACGGCUACCAUGGAGAUGCCACAAAAUUCGGAAGUGGCUGCAUUCCUGUCAAAGGAAAACUCCCUGUGCCUUUGGUCGUUUCUUUAGGCAUCGGAAUUGCUGUUGGUCUUCUAAUCUUGCUUGCUAUUGCCUUUUGGUUGUAUAAACGACUUGAAAAAAGAAAGAAAGACAUUCUCAAACGGAAGUUCUUUGAUGAGAAUGGUGGUCGGCUGUUGCGACAUAUGAUGGCCUUAAGCAAAGGAAGUGUUGAGAAAAUGAAGCUCUAUAUUAUAGAAGAAUUGGAGAAGGCAACCGACAAUUUCAAUGUUAAUCGAAUCCUUGGAAAGGGUGGUUUCGGCACAGUAUAUAAAGGAAUGUUACAAGAUGGAAGCAUUGUAGCUGUGAAGAAAUCUGAUAAAGUUGAUGAAAUGCAAGUAGAUCAAUUCGUCAACGAAGUUUUUAUUCUUACCCAAAUCGACCAUAGCCACAUUGUGAAGUUGUUAGGUUGCUGUCUAGAGACUGAAGUUCCUUUGCUGGUUUAUGAACAUGUCUCCAACGGCACCCUCUCCCACCAUCUCCAUGACAAGGGUCAUUUAUCUACAUUAUCUUGGGAAAACCGCUUGCGAAUUGCAAGUGAAAUUGCCGAUGCACUUGAUUAUUUGCACUCAUAUGGCUCUGCAGCUAUCUUUCACAGGGAUAUCAAGUCUAACAAUAUACUCUUGGAUGAAAACCUCAGGGCUAUAGUUGCUGACUUUGGAAUUUCAAGGCCAGUAUCCGCGAAGAAGACUCAUUUAACCGCAUCAGUACUGCAAGGCACGUAUGGCUACUUGGAUCCAGAGUACUUCCAAACAUGGCAAUUUACAAGUAAAAGUGAUGUAUAUGCCUUUGGCGUGCUUCUUGCGGAACUUAUUACAGGAGAAAAGGCCAUUUGUGCAGACAGAGACAAACAAGGUUUAGCUUCUCAUUUUACAUCAGCAAUGAAAAGCAAUGAUCUUUUUGAAAUUGUGGACCAUACUCUAGUGUUGAAUGAAGAUCAGAAGGAAGAGAUUCUUGUUGUUGCUAGGAUUGCUGAAAGAUGCCUGGAACCGACUGGGGAUAAAAGGCCAACAAUGAAGGACGUAGCAGGAGGACUCCCAAAAUUGAGAAAGAUAUUCCUGGAGCAGCAGGUAGUUGAAUAAACAUGCCAGACCAACAACACCUUGAAGUUUCAGAUGGGAUUCAAGAGGUUUGUGGAAGCAACUUUAAUGUGUAUAUGUGUGGACUUUCCUUGAUCACCAGGCUAUUUCCUUAGUUUUACCUGCACUUCCAAAUUUGGUGGGGUUAAUAUGUGUGGCUUGGAACAAAUAGUGUGAUGUUUGAUUUUAUGUAUGGACUAAGCAAUAGUGAGAGGUGAUUAUGUGUUAA